AUGGGCGGAAUUGAAAAACUAAAGCUUAUGCUGGUAAUGGCUUUCAUGUGUAUGGCAAUUCUUGUAUGCUAUGUAGAAUCUGUAAAUGAGACUAAAUACUUGCCUGCGGACACAUCUGCGGAGCAUCGUGAGAAUAUGUUGCGUGUACGCAUGCAUCUGUAUUGUCAGGAUCGUCCCUAUAAGGCGCGGAAGAUACUGCGGACCAACUAUUGGGUGCUCGAGAACUAUGUGAUGGCCGAGCAUGGUGCGAUUCCGUGCUUCUCAUCCAUCACAUAUACAACGCAUGCGGACUACCGUUAUCUGGAUAAUCUAAUACCUUUGCUGGAGCGGUGGCGUGCCCCCAUCAGUCUGGCGGUUUAUGCGCCUGGCACCGAUUUUGUGUCCACCCUGAACAGCAUAAGGUGGUUACUCCAAUGUGCACCACAGCGGGAUCUGGUACGCGCCUUCGUCAGCUUUCAUAUAUACUUCAACGCACUGCACAUGCCCAGUGCAGUGCCUAAGUCGGAGCAUGUCCUGAAACGAAAAGUUGACUGUAAGGACGAGGCACCAUUUGCAGAUCCGGAGCUACCAAUGACCUAUCGUAAGCAACACUUUCUCAACUAUCCGGUGAAUGUGGGUAGAAAUAUUGCCCGGGAUGCGGCGGUGACACAUUUUGUGCUCGCCUCCGAUAUAGAACUUUAUCCCACGCCACAUCUUGUGGAGCGUUUCAUGGACAUGUUGGGCCGCAAUCCCAAAAUGAUGAAGAACAAUUCCCCGCAUGUCUAUGUCCUGCGCGUUUUUGAGGUUGAGCAGAAUGUAACGGUACCGGACACUAAAAAGGAAUUGAAGUACCUGCUGCGCAAAGGUCUGGCCAUCUCCUUCCACAGCCGACUCUGUCCCGAGUGCCAUGAAGGACCACGCUUGAAGGCUUGGAUUGCAGCCAAAUCGUCGGAUGUCUUAAACAUUUUCCAUGUAGGUCAGCGCAUUGGAAGCGCUAUACGCUGGGAGCCCAUCUUCAUUGGCACCCAGAUGGAUCCAGUCUACGAAGAACGCCUCAGCUGGGAGGGAAUGAGCGACAAGAUGACCCAAGCCUAUGCCCUUUGUGCCUUGGGCUACAAAUUUCUUAUACUCGAUAACGCCUUUCUCACGCAUAAGCCAGGUAUCAAGACGACGGUGGGGGAUAUAGAGCGCGUCUUCCUGGCAGCCCGAACAUACUACAUGAUCAGUCGCAAGAUGGUAAACGAGCUACGUAUCAUGUAUGGCAAUCGAUGGGGCUGCACUAUCUAG